CUACUGCGAAGAAGCCGGAAACAGAAAAAAAAGCAUUCGUCAACAUUAAACAGCUCUGCUCUUACUCCACAAACAACAAAACCGUGUCAUAAAACUCGCUAUAAAUACUUCAUCUCUCAGUGCUCUUCUUCUUCAGACAUCUCUCAGCUUCUCUCUUCUCCUUCGGCUUUUUAGUCUUAACACUUCAAUAAAUUUUUUUUAAAAACUCCAAAUUUUUAUAGCAAUGGGAGUGAAAAGUUUCGUGGAAGGUGGGAUAGCCUCUGUAGUCGCGGGUUGCUCCACUCACCCUCUCGAUCUCAUCAAGGUUCGCCUUCAGCUCCACGGCGAAGCUUCCACCGUCGCUCUCCUCCGUCCAGCUCUCGCUUUCCACAACUCUCCUCCAGCUUUCCUGGAGACGACGACGACUCAGUCAGUUCCUAGAGUAGGACCCAUCUCCCUCGGAAUCAACCUCGUCAAAACCGAAGGCGCCGCCGCGCUAUUCUCCGGCGUCUCCGCCACGCUCCUCCGUCAGACUCUCUACUCCACCACCAGGAUGGGUCUCUACGAGGUCCUCAAGGAGAAGUGGACCGAUCCCGAGUCCGGUAAACUGAGUCUCACCCGUAAAAUCGCCGCGGGGCUAGUCGGCGGCGGGAUCGGAGCCGCCGUGGGAAACCCGGCCGACGUGGCGAUGGUUCGUAUGCAAGCCGACGGGAGGCUUCCCGUCUCGGAGCGCCGCGGCUACGCGGGAGUGGGAGACGCGAUCAGGAGGAUGGCGAGGCAGGAAGGAGUGGCGAGCCUGUGGCGAGGCUCGGCGCUGACGAUCAACAGGGCGAUGAUAGUGACGGCGGCGCAGCUCGCGUCGUACGAUCAGUUCAAGGAAGGGAUGGUGGAGAGCGGGGUGAUGAGGGACGGGCUGGGGACUCACGUGGUGGCGAGUUUCGCGGCGGGGAUCGUGGCGGCUGUGGCGUCGAAUCCGGUGGACGUGAUAAAGACGAGGGUGAUGAAUAUGAAGGUGGAUGCGAGUGGUGGGGAGGCGAGGUAUAAAGGCGCGUGGGAUUGCGCGGUGAAGACGGUUAGAGCGGAAGGACCGAUGGCUCUUUAUAAAGGGUUUGUUCCUACGGUUUGUAGGCAAGGUCCUUUCACUGUUGUGCUCUUUGUUACCUUGGAGCAAGUCAAGAAGCUGCUUCGUGAUUUUUGAUAUCAUUUGUUUUAUUGUCUGGAGAUGAUGAUGAUGAUGACGAAUACUAGUAGCAUUGAUAGGAAUUUUUGUAUUGAUUUAUUUCAUUUUUCAUUAUAUUUUCGUUCAAUCAUUGUUGUUAGAUACAAAUCAGUUUUUGUUUCUAUACUA